AAAAAAGACACCUCGCAGCUCAUCACUCCUCCGCCGACUGCUUCUCACCCCUCACCAUCGUGGUCCGCAUCAUCCCAUCGAGUGAAGGUCCCAAUUCAACAACUUUCUCGUGGAAGCCCAUCUCUCAUGUCUUCUGAUUAUCGCCCACCCUCCAUCACACCAUGAGACAAGAAGACCUCCCGUCGCUUCUGCUCCUCCCCUACCCUCCGGACCCCCUGAGCCGUGCCUCGCUCAAUGCUGCCUACCGAUCCUCGCUCAAGGCGGCCCUCUCCAAGGUGAAGCGACCGACGGGCGCCGCCAAGCUAGUUGUCGCAGUCGCCUGUCCUGUCUUGCAGGGCCAGUUCCUUCACUCCAAGACUCUCUCCUGGCCCCGAGCCCAGGCGCUGGUUGCCGGUGUAUACAGCAUCAUCUCCAUCCUCUGCGUCCAGCUCUCCAUCAGCACCGAGGUCGACGGCGGGCCCGGGUCGGUCGACGCAACUGUCCUUCUCAUCGACGGUGACCGCAACAAGCAGUAUACCGACGACCUCCGCCCUGCCAUCGAGCCCAAUAACACCGUCAUCGUCGACAUGGCUACCUUCGCCUCGGCCUUCUUCCCCUGGAAUCUCAUCUUUACCGUUAGGAGCGAGAUGGGUUACCAGGUGUACCAGACUUAUCUCAAGGUUGCCGAGGGAAGGCAGCAUCUGCUGCAGGAUCAGCUCGUCCCCGUGGAGGGCGGCUUGACCAUGCACAUCGCCAAGGCCGACGCAUCGAGUUUGCCGCCACAGACAGCGACGUACCAGACAGUCUGUCUGGGUGGCACGUUUGAUUAUCUACACCCAGGACACAAACUGCUCCUUACGGCUGGCGCUCUUUUGCUUCAGGUUCCUCGGCGGGGUGACCCUUCACCGCCGUGUCGGUACAUCAUUGGCAUCACGGGCGACGAGAUGCUCAAGAGCAAGAAGUUUGCCGAGUACGUCCAACCGUGGGAGCAACGAGCGAGGAAUGUCAUCGUCUUCUUGGCCCGACUCCUCGAGCUCUCGCCGCGCGGAUGGAAAAACGGCACUGGACCGCGGAUUGACGAGAGAGACGGCGAAUUCACAACGAUCUUCCGAGACGGGACAAUUCAGGUCCGGUGCGUGCGGAUCCAGGAUGCCUUUGGGCCAACCAUCACCGAGGAGAACAUUCAGGCUUUGGUGGUCUCGGGCGAGACGAGGUCUGGGGGGCAGGCUGUCAACGACAAGCGGGCUGAGCUGGGUUGGCAUGCGCUCUCAGUGUUUGAGGUCGACGUGCUCGAUGCCGAUGAGAUUGAUGAAGAUGAGCCUACCAAGACGGAGAACUUCGCCUCCAAGAUCAGCAGCACUGCUAUCAGGCAGCAGAAGGCGGCAAGGGAUGGUUCAAAACUCAACCAUGACGGAGGUCAUGUCCAAGGGUUGAUUGAUAACUCCAAGUUCACCUGCUACUGACUUUUCGUUCAUGAUGUUGAAAUCACGACGACGGAGCCAACUGGUAGUUUUCACGCUCAGAAAGUUGAAACACGUCUUGCAGCGCUCCUGAACCUGUAAUAGACUGGUUGGACUCCUUAUUGCCGAGCUGUGUCAGGUUUUUUUCUACCUGAUCGGAGAGGCUAGCUUGAUCCAAAUACGAAACCACAAGUACUUGAG